AUGCACGCCAAAGAAUCAGGAGGGAAGAAGCAGCAGGGGGUAAUGGAGGAGACAGGGACGGGGAUUGCGUCGGAACUGCCGCCGCGCACCAUUGAGGAGGUGCUCGCGGGCGCCAUGUGGGUGGCGAGUCUAACCGACCCCACACUUUGCCUUGAGCGCCUCCACGAGACGUUUAAUGAAGUAAUCUUCAGCUGCGUGGACGAGGAAGCGGAGGAUGAGGAGGAGCGCGUCGGGCGGCUCAAGACGGCGGCAGACCGUCUACGGGAACAGAGAGCAAAGGAGGACCUUCGACGCGCACUGAUGGAGUUGCAGGACAACACAUACGUGGACGAGGCACAGGGAGAGGGGGAGGACGAAGGCGACGGCAUAGAUGAGGAUGAUAACGACGAAGAGUUUUCAGAUGAGUCCCAGCUCAUGAAUGACGAGGAGUUUCUGUUGUGGAUUCACCGCAAUGACAUUCAACGCCAAGAGGAUCGUGCGGAAGUGAUAGGUGUAGACGUGACUGCCGCAGAUUCCGCCGUCACCGGCGUUGAGCUCCAGCUGCACCGUGUCGGUCUUGGCGAGGAGGACAGACUUAUGGCGGAGGAUCCAUUGCCGGAGCGUCUAAAGGCCAUCGAGGUGCGGGAAAGGCGGCCAGCACUCGGGUCGCGAAUUCUGCCGCACGGCUAUUCCUACAAAAUACCGCUUGAAUAUGAGGCCUUUUGGAUUCUGCGGCAGUUGCGUGGUGCUGGCCAGCCGCUGGCACACAAUACGCGCAUCUGCGCCAUUGCAACCCGUCCGCCGGCAGAGGUGGCAGACGAACCGGUGGUGGUUUCUAUUGCCUACGCAGUACAAAAGAUGACUCAGGAAUACAUGGAACCUGCGCAUUUGAUGUUGUAUCAUCAGACUGCGUUACACCCACUUUUGUGCGCCUUGCUAGAGGCUUCACCGCUUACGGAGGCCGCGGAAAGUACACUGCCCGUUUCAUCUUACGCAUACAGUAUAAAGACAGGAAGGCGACAGCGUCCGUUCAUAUCCGACAGCUACGUCGGUUUCAACGCCUUGGCUGACCGUUCGAUUGGUGAGGGUGACCCUGCGUGGAAUCGCAUUGGCAGCAAUGAGGCCGACUUCGCCCAGCGCAAGCCAUGCUUUUUGGAACUGGGUCGCCUGUUGGUGCGCAUCCUUGAACUCGAUGUACUCUGUCACCGGCUAGAAAGUCAGCGGCAGCAAUUGCUGCUAAAGCUGAAGGAUCACCCGGAGUCGUGCGUGCAGGAGCAGCGGGUGGCGCUGGAGAGCCUUGUUUUUGAGAGCGGCAUUGAGGCAGAUCUUUGGCAAACGUUUUCUGGUCUCCUUACCGUAGACCAGGGGCGGGGUCCGACGCAAGUGAUAAAAGGUCUCGGUCUUGAGGACGCAUUUGAGGAGUACACUAUUACUGGACUGCAGUACCAAGAGAACCUGCUUGCUAAUGCGCCAGUUCACGUGUGUCAGUCGCCGCAAUCGAUGCCACUGAUGGAUUGGGCACGCCAAGUUGGUGCCACCGCUCGUUCCCCACGCUCCGCUGAGGCAGUAUUAUUUCUUUUUAACCAGGCCAUUGUUGAGCAGUUUUCAAAGCUGCCUAUCCUUCGAAAGCGUUUAUUUGACUUAUUUUGUGCGGAGGGGGACCUUAUUGUGACGUACAAGCUCUGUGAAAGGAGGGACGAUGUGUAUCCAUUGGCUACUUUUUUUGUAGAGCACCCGCGGCACUAUCUUGAUUUACUGGAGCGUGAGCGACAAGGCACAGUGGCACUCUACUAUGUUUUGAGUGAGGAACUAGUCUGCCGUGAGAUGAAUCUACGCCAAUUGUAUGAUCGCUCCCCUGCCGCGGACGAGUGGUUUUUAGAACGAGAGCGGGCAAUGGAGCUUUUGUUGGUGCGACUAAUAGAUGGUCUUAUUCCAAAGGUGAAGGCCGAGCUCAGCCAGUUUGCACAGCAGUUUGUGCAAACACAGGCUAUGGAGCGUCUUGGCCUUAUUUGUGCACAAGGCCCAUAUGAACCCACAAGACUUUGUCUUGAGGUCUACGAUGACGAUGCCCUCACGUGGGAACCGGAGUGGAAUGUGGUCGAAGCCCUCCCAUUGAAGCAAAUGCACGUCAAUGGUUGCAAAACGCUUAGACGCGUGUGUGCCGCCUACCGCGGUGAUAGCGGCAUAACACAUAUAAGCUUUAUCGAUGAGUCUGGUUCGUUUAUUGGUUCUACACGUUGGGAGAACCCCGCAUGGAGUUCUGAGACUGGCCGAGCAGCCGAUUUGAUGCAGCAGAAUCAACUUGAGAAACUCUGUGCAAGGUGCAGCCCUAGUGUAAUUGUCGUCGGGGCUUCCAACAUGGCGUCCCUCUCAUUAAUGCGCUCUUUGUUAAAAUUUCUGCGGGGGCGCGUGUACGCGGCGUUUCAUGUACACA